GUGGCAAUAGGCACACAUCAGCCCCCGGAACUUUGAUUUUACCAACUGAAUGCAAAUCUGUUAGGUUAUUUACACACAGAGAUCCUAUAAAAUGCCAAGAAGAACCAGAAUUCUUCACAGGAUUAGACUGUUUGGCAGGCAUAGUUCAUCUAAGAAAUGAAGGAAGAGACUUAGGUGGAAGUAAGUCGUUUCGUCUCUCAUUGGCUUGUGACUGUCACUUACUCAUCAUAUAAACCCAAGAUGCCAUCCCUGAUGAGAGCAUAGAAGAUACUAGAGACUCCACGGAGACAGAGCCCAAAAUCACACCAUGCCAAACUACAAACUCAUUUAUUUUAAUAUGAGGGGGAGAGCGGAAAUUAUCCGUUACAUAUUUGCUUAUUUGGACAUAAAAUAUGAAGACCACAGAAUAGAACAAGCUGAUUGGCCGGAAGUCAAAUCAAAUCUGGCUGGAAAAACAGAAUUGGAACAAUGUCAAGUUGAUGCAAUUGUGGACACAUUGGACGAUUUCAUGUCACGUUUUCCUUGGGCAGAGAAAAAACAAGAUAUCAAAAAUCAGAUGUUUAAUGAGCUACUUACAUAUGAUGGACCUCAUCUGCUGCAAGAUUUGGAUGCAUACUUAGGGGAAAAGGAGUGGCUUGUUGGUAACUCUGUAACUUGGGCAGAUUUCUACUGGGAAAUUUGCAGUACCACACUUUUGGUCUUUAAACCUGACUUGCUGGACAUCCAUCCCAGGUUGGUAACAUUACGGAAGAAAGUUCAAGCCAUUCCUGCCAUUGCUGACUGGAUACAACGAAGGCCGCAAACCAAACUCUAGGUGAUCCGAGCUACCUCUAAGCUUUAUUGUUCUUCGCAGCAUGGCUUCCAUCAGAUGAGAAGCUACCUCAGCCUGCCAUGUAAUCUACACUCUCCCCUCCCCGGACUCACCAAGUCUCUCAAUUUUGCCAUAUUCUGCUUUAAAAAAAAAAAAAAAAAGGAAAAAGAGGGGGGUGAAGGGCAUUUACUUUCAAGCAUCCUAUUUUUCCCCUUUCCCUUAGAAUAAUUUCACAUCAUUUACAACUGAGGAAAAAGUUUACAAUACAGGCAGGGCUCACAUUUCAUGGGCUUUGACAUGCAUGGAUUUCAGUCACAAUUGUUAAGGAACAUACACAUUUUCCCCCCCGAAAUGGUUUGGACUUAAGCUAGAAUUGCAUGAAGUAUUAACUUUGCUGCUAGCUCCGUGGUCCACAAGUCACUGUAUAAAUAAUAGAUGCCCGUCAUGACCAGUGACCAUCACAUCACCUCUUUGAAAGUCUGUUAAGGAUUGGUCACCACACACCUGUCACUCAGCAGCAGCAGUGUGUAGCUGCCUUGCCUGCUUGCUUCUCAGUGAUAAACCCACUCAGAAUUUUUUAUAAAGUGGAUCACUGAAAAAGGGAACUCAUCAACAAAGAGGAAAGUACAAUAAAGAAGUGAAAAGUGACCAUGCUGGAGCCAAAUUCAAACCACACAAAAAUGGCAAGAGUGGACAGCUGCAGGUCAAGGGGCUCCAGAGAUGCAGUGGAAGAACUUGGCAAGCUUAUUGACAGAAAUGAGGAAAAUGGCUGUGACAGAAGUGAUGUUCCAGAAGAAGUGAGACUGCCACAGAGUUUCAUGUUAAGAGAACAGAGAUCAAAAGAAUGAGAAGCCAAGCCACAGAAAAUAUUUGCAAAGACGUAUCUGAUACAGGACUAUACCCCAAAUAGACAAAGAAUCCAAAAUGAACCCAGUUACAAAACAGACCAAGGAUCUGAACAGACACCUCAUUGAAGAUAUACACAUGGUAAAUAAGCAUGAAAAGAUGCUCAACAUCGUGUUACCAGGGAAAUGCAAAUAAAAGUGAGUUACCAUUACAUACCUAUAAAGAAUAGCAAAAUUUCAAAACACGGACACCACCAAAUGCUGGUAAGGAUGUGAAACAAAAUGAACUUUUAUUCACUGCUGACAGCAAAGACGCCUUGGAGAGUUUGGUAGCUUCUUAUAAAACUAAACCCACUCUUGCGAUAUGAUCCAGCAAUUACGCUCUUUAGUACUUACCCAAAGGAGGUGAGAACUUAAAGCCACACAAAAAUCUGCACAUGGAUGUUUGUGGCAACUUUAUUGAUAACUGCCAAAACUAAGAAGUAAGCAAGAUGUCCUUCUACAGUGAGUUGGUUAAGCAAACUGUGGUGUUCCAAAUAAGGAAAUAUUAUUUAGCACUUAAAAUAAAUGAGCUAUCAAGCCAUGAAAAGACAGAGGAAACGCAAGUGCAGAUUACUAAAUGAAAGAAGUCAAUCUGAAAAAGCUACAAACCGUGAUUUCAGCUACAGAACACUCUGGAAAAGGCAAAACUAUGGAAACAGUAAGACCAGAGGUUGUGAGGGGUGAAUUGGGAAGGAGGGUUGAACAGGUUGAGUAUAGAUAAUUUUUAGGCAGUAUAACUAUUUUGCAUACUGUAAUAGAUUUGUUAAACCCACAGAAUGUACAAGACAAAUAGCAAACCCUAAUGCAAACUAUAGACUUUGGGUGAUUAUUACGUGUCAGUGCAGAUUCACUGACUUUAACAAAUGUACCAUUCUGGAAUGCAGUUGUUGAUAGUGAGUGAGGAUGAACUUGUGUGGUGGCAGGGACAUAUGGGAAUUCACUUUCUGCUCAAUUUUGCUGUGAACCCAAAACAACUCUAAAAAAUAAAGCCUAUUAAAAAAGAAAAAAGCAGGGAUACUUCAUGACACUGGAAAUGCAACAAAGUGCUGGAAGGUGAUCCAAGCUUAGAAUGAUGAUGAUUUGCCAAGGUAUAAAAAGAAUGCUCACUUGCAAUCAUACAUGAAGGUAUUAUUAAAACCAUUCUUAAUACAUUCUUUACCAAAGUAAUACACAUUAUCAGUUUCUUUUACUAAAAUUAGUUUUACUACUUUUUUCAUUUACAACGAACAAUGUUUUUAAUGUGUUGAGAAAAUAAUUUAAACGUCAUAGAACAUCUUCUCCAAUGAUUAGGAUUAUUUUGCACAAUUUCAACCUGCAGUCAUUAUUAUGGUCCCACACUACCAUGGAAAGCUAGAACUGCCCAUAUAAACAAACCAUUUAAAUAGAAAUCUUCCAAGUAACUACAGAUUAUCCCUCAACCCGUUUUAAACCAUAAUUGUAGCACUGGAAUAUAUUUUAGUUCAAUGUGCAUGUUAAUAUUAAUACUGGAUUGUCUAAUCUUAGUAGGUCAUGUUAUAUACAGAAACAGAAAAAUGCAGUAGAUGACAUAUACAUGAAAUGCAGGACAGAGGAAGGAGAACAUGGUUAAGAAGCCAGAAAUGGGGAGAGGGUAUAGGGGAAGAAAGGAAAAAAAAAAAAAAAAGGAAAGCUGGACUAAGUAUGAUUUUGUUUAAGGUGCUUCUUUCAUCUCACCGAUGUUCUAUGAAAUAGGAGAAAAGAUGAUUAUACAUAAAAACAUACUAUAGGGACGCCGGUGGCUCAGUUGCUUCACCUGCUGCCUUCCGCUCAGUUCUUGAUCCCAGCAUCCUGGGAUCGAGUCCCACAUCAGGCUCUUUGAUCAGCAGGGAGCCUGCUUCUCCCUCUGCCUCUGCCUGCCACUCUGCCUGCUUGUGCUCUCUCUCUCUCCCUCUCUCUGACAAAUAAAUAAAUAAAAUCUUUUAAAAAA